AGGAUCAUAUGAAUUAUGAUCAGCAGCAGGCCAGCUGGUGCGCCUUCACUAACGCUGCAGGGAUGAUUCAGCACUUCAGUCGUUGGGACCCAGCAGGUCUGAGUUGACCCCGUUCUGCUGGUCCAACCGGAUCCUGGGCUGGUGCCAGUGAUGGCCGACCAUUCGCCUCCUGUUCUGCUGGAAGCAUGUGUGGUCCUUGGAGCAUCUAGCGACAAACUCCAAGAAGUCUACCAGGCCAUUAACAUAAAUGGAUCUCCAGAGCACCUCCUGGUGGAGCCGGAGGUGCUGCAUGUCCUGGCGCCUCCCUUCGUUAGCAGAUCGCCAGCUGAGAUUGAAGCAGUGAGAUCACAUGCGAGGAGGCGGCGCUCUUUUCUCUGGAGGAAAAGGGAACAACCUCCAUCAGCUGUAGCAACUUCCAUCCAAGCGUGCGGAAGUGAAGACCUCAGUGUUCCUAAAGACAUUGACCUCAUGGCUCUACCUCAGCUCUGCUUCCCAGGUGGGCUUCAAGUGACCAACGAACAGAAAGAUGAACAAUUCCACUUCCUGGUUUUCACCGAUGUCGUUGGCAACAAAACCCACGGAGUAGUAAUGCAAUGUUACCGACCAAUACUGGAAGGGACGUCUGUCUUGAAGAACGGGGCUGCAUCUUUAAAGUUUCCUAGACUUUUCUCUGCCUACAGUUUCUGUGUCAUAUCCAAGUAUCCUUACUUCACUGCACUCAAAGACUGUCUUUCAUGUCUGUCAAUCCAGCUAAGAACUUGCCCAUUAUCUGACAUGGAGAAGAGAGUGAAGGAGUUUGCAACCAAACUGGCGCUGGUGCCUGUCCCCCCACCUGGACAACUACAUUUGACGUUUACCUUGUGUCCUCUGACCAUUGUGUUACCAUCCAGAGAAGACAAGGACCAUCCAACUAUAGAUUUAGACCUGCAUCUGCCCUUCUUCAGUUUCAGGCCACAGCAGCUACUACAGGGGCUUUCUUGUCUCCUGCAGGAGCAGCGGGUGGUGUUGUUCUCUGCUGAUUGGGCCACACUCACGCUGGUGGCGGAGAGCUUCUUACUUUUUCUGCAGCCUUUGUCAUGGCAGCAGCCAUACGUCCCUGUCCUGGCCAGAAGCAUGCUGGACUUCGUCAUGGCCCCCACAGCCUUCCUCAUGGGAUGCCAUCUCAGCCACUUCAAAGAAGUUGCUACUGAAACAGAUGAUCUGGUCCUGAUCAACAUUGAUAAUGGAAGUGUCUCCACUUCCUGUUCUGAGACGCUGGACCUGCCAGGGAUCCCUUCGGCUGCCGCAGACUGCUUCACACAGAGGUGUCAGACACUGCAGAUUCAUUUUGACCUGUAUGAAUGCCACCGCGCGAGUUGCACUGACGUCACGGAGCAGAGGGCCAAAAGAAGAGCGUGGCAACACAAUCUGAACCGCGACAUCCAGAGGAUCGCACUGGAACUGAUGGUCAACAUAUUCAGGGAUGUUAGCAGUCACCUAAACUACGAACAUCGAGUGUUUAACAGUGAAGCGUUCUUGAAAAGCAGAGAGCCAUCUGAACAGCUGUUUUACAAACAGGUGUUGGAAACGCACAUCUUCCAUUUCUUCCUCAAGGAUCGGCUCAACAAGAAAAUUGACGAUUUUGCUCGAUUGGAACACAGCACUCGUUCUGAGAUGCAGAGGAUGAAAGCUAUGGUUGAGGCCCCACGCAGACCCACCAUGCAGGAGAUUCAAGACCGGAGAAAGAGCUCUACUCCGGGGAUCCAGGUGAGCACGAGACGGGGGAUGAGCCUCCCGAACCUCGAAGACGACACGACUACCAGCUUCAAGAGAAAUUCAGCGCAGUCGAGGAUCAUUGCGUCUGACCACGCGCCGAGGAAUCCUCCUAAACCGGCAACACUGUUUAAGCUCCCAGAUUUCCCAGCCGCUCUGUCCUUCCAUUCUGUCCAAAGUUAUUACAGUGAGCUGAUCGGGCUGCUCGGCAAAGCCAUCUUCUCUGUCCAACACGAGAACCCCGCGCUGCUGGCCAGAUUCUACUACCUGCGUGGUUUCAUUAGCACAUUGUGUUGGCGGCGGCUGGACGCUCUCGGCGACUUCCAGAACCUUUACAGGACCGACACCGCCAUCUUCCCCACACAGCUGGUCACAUGGCUCGUGGACUCUCUGCACCGGGAGGAGAGACUGCAAGCCGACAGGCAACCGGAGCUCAAGAGAUUCAUACUCAAAGUGAGGACAGAGAAUGAGAAGCUGUCGGUGCAGCCUGAUGACCACGUCAAGAAAUUCAAGCUUCCCCAAAAGCAUCUGCAUCAGGAAGAGUUUGUGCGUUGCGUUCAGGAGUGCGGCAUUGUUAAGGACGUAGCAACCAUACAUCGUUUAUUUGAUGCUCUAACAGAUGGACAGCCAAGGCAGGUCGUCCCCGAACUGUUUCGGGUCUUCUACACCUUGUGGAAAGAGACGGAAGCCGAGGCACAAGACUUCGACUUGCCCUCUGAGGUCGUAGACCAUCUUGACAAUAGCGAGUGUGUGUACAAGUUGUCGUCGUGUGUCAAGACCUCCCUUGGCGUUGGUAAAAUUGCCAUGACUCAGAAACGUCUCAUCUUACUUACUGUCGGACCACAGGGCUUCCUGGAAAUCACAAAGUUCAGAGACAUACAGGAGGUGAAGAUUGCAUCAGCUUCCUUUCUACUUCUUCGUAUUCCUUCACUCCACAUCAAGACCUCUGGGAGGGUUGAGGUGUUUGAGGCCAAUCUGAAGACAGAGACCGAACUCUGGAACCUCGUCGUGCGAGAGAUGUGGGCCGGACGCAAGAUGGCCGACCGGCACAAGGACCCUCAGUACAUGACUGAGGCUCUAACCAACGUCCUGUUAAUGGAUGCGGUCACACGCUGCUUACGGACACAGAGGUCCAUCGAUGCCGCCUCGAAGUUGGCCUACUUUGAUAAAAUCAAACAUGAAGUGCCCUUGAUGGUGCCUAAAACUACCUCAGAGACUCUAAAACACAAGAUCAACCCAUCGCUGGACCUGGCUGAACCGCAGACUGUGCAAGUGCUGCUAUACACACCAGGUCAGCUGACUGGCAAUGACUCAAAGAUCGAGAGGAACCCAAAGCUGUGGGUGGCUCUCACUGGGGGCAAAGUGGUGGUGUUUGACGCAGCCAGCUGGUCCAUGCAGCAGGACUGCAUCCAGGUCGGCGCGUCACAGCUGAACUGCAUGCUGGGAUUGGUAUGUGAGCAAGUGUGGAUCGGCUCUCAGGACUCAGUAAUCUACAUCAUUGACACUCAAAGCAUGUCGUGCAACAAACAGCUGACGGAGCACAGACAUGAAGUGACUGGACUCACAUUGGACCCCAGAGAUCAACACAACAGUCAGCGGGCAUACUCCUGCAGCUGUGAUGGGACGAUUCUGCAGUGGGACACGGCCAGUCUCAAAGUGAAGCGACAACUCCACCUCAGCUGUGACCGCCUGUCCUCCAUUGGGAUCUACGAUGGGACACUGUGGUGCCGCUGUGGAGACUGCAUCGUGGAACUGAAAAAGAGUGGGACUCCACAAAGAAGAAUGGCAUUUCCCGAUGACGUACCGAGUAUUUCAAGCAGCUUCAGCAGCUUCAUCAUCGUCCCCGAGCGAGGUCAAUUGUGGACGGGCUGUGCAGACUCAGGGGAGUUGUGUCUCUGGCACACUGACAAUCACAGGCGGCCAUCUAAGAGAAUCCCCCUGCCUGGCAGCUCCGGAGUCACCUGCAUGAUCCGAGUGAAGGACCAGAUCUGGGUGGGCUGUCGGGGCCGGGACGGUUCCGAGGGUCAGAGUGCCGGGCAGCUGGGAGGUCCGGUGCUGGUGCUGGACACAGAAAGCCACGCGGUGGUCAAGGAGCUGCAGGCCCAUUCAGACAGCAUCCAGACACUUUGCUCUGCUGAGGACCGAUACGUCCUCAGUGGCUCUGCAAGCAGAGAUGGCAAGAUCGCCAUCUGGAAAGUCGAGUAGAGGUGGAGGAAGCCAUUGUGUAGAAAGAGAGAGAAGAAGUAGCAUGAAGGUACUUGUGAGUAUAUAUAGACGUGUUAAAUCAUAGUUUUUUGAGCAUUUCACUGGGACAACAAGUUCAUGCUGUGGGAGGUAGAAGAGACAGGAAAAUGAUUCUCUCUAUCAUUUGUGGCCAUAUUAAAAUUGUUUUUCUACUGGUUAUUAAAUACGCACAAUAUUAACCGGAGCUUGUUGUAUUGUUGAGACUUUUAUGGAAGAGAGAGCCCUUCAACAAAAACACAGUAUGUGCAAGAGAUUUGGUUUAGUCCUGGACCAGGAAGGUCUUUUUUUUCUUGAAAACAACAAAAAAGGUGAAGUCUGUGCCUUAAGUAUGUUGUUUAAAAAAUGGAUUUUGUCAAGAUGUCAACAGCAGUACAAUAUUUAAACCAUCAAUCUUCGAUCUUUGGUAAUAAAUUGCAUUUUCAGCUCUCAUCAUGUACUGCUGUUUUGUGUGUGAUGCUAUGUUUUCAGAGGCAGCCUCAUUGUUAAAGUUGUAUUUCGGAAUGUGUUGAAACCGGCUGUGGCUCCAUGGUUGUGACAUGAUUAUAUUGAUGGAUUAAGAAUUUCACAAUGAUCCGGCACCAACUUUGACUUGUGUAAAUGUACAACUUUAAAAAACACACACACACAUACAUGGAUCAAUACAAAAUUGUAAAAAAAGACAAAGCACCACUUUUGUUAUCGAUUUGAGAUCAACACCGGCCUUAAAAUGUUUUAUUAGAACAAAUAAAGUGCAACCACAGUCAAAGAGCUGCAACACUAUACAUCUGUGUAAAUGAUCAAUCACUUUCAUUCAUUAUUACCGUGUUACUUAUUUGCCAGAGCCUCAAAUUUCCAUGUAAUGGUAAUAUUAAAAGAUAAUUUAAGCCAUAAAUACAUAGAUCAUGUUGAUGUAUGGUGAAUAGGGAAAAGACUUCUGGGUUUUCAGUAUUCUGUUGUUUGACGAACGACAGAAAGUCGCAGUGGUUUCAGUAGUAUAAUUCCUGAUCCCACCAACCUAAAAGAAGACAAUCCAUGAAUUAAUAAAUACUGAAUAUGUGUAGAGAUGUAAAAUUGUGAUCGGUGAAUGGAUGUUUCAGAAUCUGUGCUUACUUCCUGGAUAUCUUCGGACUCCUAAUUUCCUGAUCUCAUCAUAAACAAAGAUCAAAAUACCAUAUGGAACAGGAAUAAACCACCACUGGACUCUGGUGAGAAAACAACAUAUGGAUCAUUAGACCACAUGCCACAGCUCUUGUUAUGCUAAAUAACUUUCUACAGGCUUCAUAUUCAUGUUUCCAUUAAAGUUUGUACUAUUUCUUCUACUCCAUUCUGAGCCUGGAUUUCAGAUGGUCACCUCCGUGUGCCUUUACCUGAUUGGCAUGAAGUUGAAGAUAUUGGGCAUUCCAGGGCAGUAACAAAGCAGAUUACCCAGAAGGAGCUGGAAGACUAUGGCAGAAACCAGGACACGGUUCCUG